AUGGACGACGUUCACCAGCGUAUCACCCCACGAGGCUAUGGGAUAAACAUUACUUAUGUCUAUGAAUACUCCAGAGGGUUGAAUGGAGUCGACGUACCCCGAGAUGUUCUGUUCUCGCGGAUCAUCUUUUCGUCCUUGAUAUUCGUCGCCAUGGUCGUCUUUUGCGGACGCAUCGCACAGAUCAGUCACUCCUAUCUCCGACUCAUCACUUCCUUGACGGCAAGCAGGAAACAGCAAACCUUUUGGAGCAUUGAGGUAUCAUCUGCCUGGGCAAAUAUCAAGAAGCAUCUGCUGUACUCGCCCCUGGGCAGGAAAAGACACAACCGAGAAAUCCAGCUCUCAUCCGCGAUCAAUGUGGGCACCUUGCCUUCCAGAUUUCAGGUUAUCCUGAUCUUCUUGUACUUCGCCAGUCAGGUUGCCUACUGCACCAUCCUCGAUUACAAUGCCAACGUCAAGGCAGCCCUUGUUGCCGAACUACGCGGGCGCUCUGGAACAUUGGCAGUCUUGAACAUGGUGCCUCUUUUCCUCCUCGCGGGCCGCAACAACCCGUUGAUCCCUCUAUUGCACGUGAGCUUCGAUACAUACAAUCUUCUGCAUCGGUGGCUAGGUCGCAUAGUUGUGCUGGAGAGUGUUGUGCACACGGCCGCAUGGGCGGUAAAUGCGUGCGACGAGGUCAGUUUUGCCAACAUGCUUGAGCGCCUACGUACGACUCCGUUCUUCACCUGGGGCUUGCUGGGUACUUGCGCGAUGGUCACUCUGGGCCUCCACUCGCCGUCCCCAGUCCGACAUGCCUUUUACGAGACCUUCCUACACAUUCACCAGCUCGCUGCUUUCCUGGCGUACCUCGGUGUCUUGAUGCACCUGGAUUUAGACGAUCUCCCGCAGAAGCCCUGGGUCAUUGCCAUUGGUCUGAUAUGGCUCUUGGAAAGAACCACUCGCCUCUUCCGGCUCUUGUACCUGAAUAUCUCGCCACGAAGGGGAUCUACACGACUUGUCGUGGAGGCUCUUCCCGGGGAGGCCUGUCGGGUGACCUUUCACCUACCCAAGCGCGUCCGCAUCAGUCCCGGCAGCCAUGUCUAUGCCUACAUCCCAAGCAUCGCAAUGUGGAUGUCGCAUCCUUUCUCUGUCGCUUGGGUGGAGCCAAACAACUGUGUGACUCCGGCUUCGUGCACGGAGAAGGAUCCAGGUCUCAUGGAUCCCGCAUUCCUGGAAAAGCAGCCCAUCAAAGAUUUCGAGGGAUACAUGAGAGACAUCCAAGAACCGACAUCAGUUUCCCUCAUCAUCGGUGCCCAACAAGGCAUGACGCGCAAGCUGUACAAUAAAGCCCUCAUGUCUCCCGGUCAAACCCUCUACACCUCGGGACUCAUCGAGGGCCCGUAUGCGUCCCACGCAUGCAACAUGGGCAGCUACGGCACAGCGGUGCUUUUCUCAGCCGGUGCGGGCAUCACGCAUCACAUGCUAUACGUCCGUGACUUGAUCCUCCGCUCCUCGGAGGGUCGCGUCGCCACCCAGAAAAUCUACCUCAUCUGGUCUGUCCGCAGCACAGAGCAUCUGGCCUGGGUACGCGAAUGGAUGGACCAGAUCCUGCGGCUUCCGUCGCGUCGCGAGAUUCUCACAAUCAAGCUGUUCGUGUCCAAGCCCAAAAGCAGCCGCGAGAUCGUGUCGCCGAGCGCCACGGUUCAGAUGUUCCCGGGUCGGUGUCGACCCGACGUGGUUCUCGACGAGGUGAUCCCGCAGCGCGUCGGAGCGACCAUUGUUUCGGUCUGCGGACCCGGUGCAUUUGCAGACGAAGUGCGUGCUGCAGCGCGGAAGAAUAUCGGGAAAGGCGCUGUGGUUGAUUUCGCUGAAGAAGCCUUUACAUGGUAG